UGUUUUUGGGUCUAUAUCGUGUAUCUCAGGCAUCUUUAUUUACUUAUAAAGCAGUGACAUAAUCUAAAGAUUUGUGUCUUUGUUCAUUAAUUAAAAAUGACUAAUCUUUUUCCGGAACAUUCAUUAACAUGGCGGUGCGUCGCUUCAGGAGUACAACCUUUUUAAAUCUGAGCUUUUAUUCAACCCUUUUCUCGUGGUUCUAUCGAAUUCGCUAACCGCAAACCUAGCUCACGGACUGUGUCUUCUCUCCAAAACGAUAAUCGGAGCAGUGCCCUCUUGUGGUGCAUUUCUGCACCUACAACGACUAGUUGUAUUUUUUUAAACCGGAAGUGAAACUCAGAGGUCGUCAUGGGCAGCCUGAUCAGCUCCAAAAUGGCAGCACCCGCCGCCAGGGUAAUUCAGGCUGUACGGCCUCGUGCUCCACUGAUCAAGUUUCCUGACAGACAGGCCAUACCGAGGCCCAACACCCAGGAGGUGCUGAAAGCGUUGGCACUUAACCUUCCACAACACAGCAGCUCCCCUUCAGCGCCUGCACCGCCUCAGUCAGCUCCGCCUCAUAGACCUUUAACUUUGGUCCCAGGAGUGCCGGACAGCCUGGCCUCUAUUCAGCAGAUGCCUGCGAGAUACCGCAGGAGACCGUUAACGCUUGAAGAGAUGGACUACAUCCAGCGCGGUGGACCCGAGUGAUGAGAAUCAGCUUCUGCAGCCGCUCCGUGUCUUUAACCCUCAGUUCAAACACUUUAGAAUAAAAUAUUUCAAGCAUCCUCUUCAAAUGUACAUAAGGACGGUUUUUUUGUUUGUAAUUAAAACUUCAGAUGUGUUCACUGCAAUAACAAAAGCAAACCUUACAGAUCUUUAAAAAUCCUUAAAAUUUCACAAUAUUUGUCCAGUUCACCAUGAAAACACAUUUGCAAAGCAUUUCAUUCCCUUUUUGUUCAGGUUUUACCUUUAAAUCCAGGGAGGUUCAUGUCCAUCACUGCGGUAAAUGCAGAGUUACCUACAAUCUUAUGGCAGCUCAUGCUUUCGUGUGAACAUUAAAAGAUUUAAUAACCAUCUUA